CUGUAACGUGUGCCAUAUUAACUGGCUACCUUUUCGUUAUAUCCAAUCUCCACUCUUCUCAAGUUCUCUCUCUCUCACACACACACACUCUCUCUCCUCCCCAAAUCAUGCUACCUCCCGACGGCGCUCCCACCUGCUCUUUCUCCGGCGACGACGCCAUAACUUCCGACCACCUCAAUUGUUCGCAUUGCCGGAAAUCCGAUCCUUCUUCGUCUUCUUCGUCCGAAUUCUACUCAAUUUCCGACACCAAUUCCGAUAAACUCAAACGAAUUAUCUCUGCCUCUUUUAAAGGUUUCGUUAUUGGUGCUGGAUUGAAAGGCGGUCUCUCGAUUUUCUCUCUCCUCGCUCGUUUGAGUCGCAAGAGAUCCUCUAAAUCUCUCACGAAAGUAGGUGGAGUUUCAAGUAGUGACGAGAUUUUGUUGGUGAUUAAGGAAACUUUGCGUUAUGGUCUUUUUCUUGGUACUUUUGCUGGAACUUUUACAUCAGUUGAUGAGAUUGUAGCUACUUUGGGCGGUCACCGAAGGACUGCAAGAUGGAGGGCGUUAUUGGCAGGUGGAAUUGCUGGUCCUUCCAUGCUACUAACUGGGUUAAAUACACAACAUAAUAGUUUGGCAUUAUAUAUUUUCAUGCGAGCGGCUGUAUUGGCAUCUCGCUGUGGAAUUAAGAGCAAGCGGUUUGGUCGUAUUUGCAAACCUUUGACUUGGGCCCAUGGAGAUAUUUUUCUAAUGUGUCUUUCCUCUGCCCAAAUUUUGUCGGCCUAUAUAUUGAAGCCAGAAUCUCUGCCUUCGUCAUACAAGUCGUUCCUCAAUAAACAUGGCGCAAAGGAUAUGUCUAUUCUGCAUGGUGUGAAAGACAUUGCUAGUGGCAUGCCCUUUUCUAAUCUGGGGGAAAUAGAGAAGUAUUAUAAAUCAGUGGGUAUAAACAUCAAAUUAGACCCAGAAAUGAAAGUUCCCUGCUCGAUUGUACAUGGGCAUCAAUCAUGUGUAGCUCAUGUCAGCACAUUUCUUGUCCAAGCGUAUAAAAGAGCACUACCGGUGUAUCUUCCAGUAUAUUUGGUUCCUGCACUAAUUGUUCAUCGCCAAGAUCUACUAAAAAGACCUUACACAAUUGUGGGGAAGAGUGUUUUCGGUAUUGCACGAUCAAGCUUGUUCCUGUCUUCAUAUUGCGCUUCUGCCUGGAUGUGGACAUGCAUUCUUUUUAGGAUUUUCAAGACGUGCAACAUCCCAAUGGUGGCAAUGGGGACGUUUCCGACUGGCUUUGCAUUAGCCAUUGAGAAGAAAAGCAGAAGGAUGGAAAUAUCGCUCUAUUGUCUAGCUCGCGCCAUUGAGAGCUUCUUCACUUGUAUGGCUGAUGUUGGAUAUCUGCCUCAAUCACUAGUAAAUAUCAAGAGAGCUGAUGUGGUUGUUUUCAGCUUAUCAACAGCUAUUAUUAUGCACUGUUAUUCUCAAGAGAGGGAAGUGUUCAGAUCCAAGUACCUAAACGUUCUCGAUUGGGUCUUUGGUGUGCCACCACCACCCUGCUACACUCCGCGCUAUAAAAACAAGUAGAAGAUUGAAAAAUAUACAUGCAACGCAUUAGGGAUUGUCAUUUUUUCUCCCCUCAAGUAAUGUUCCAAAUUUAGUGAGGAGCAAUUUGUACAACAAUUAGAUUUUAGCUAGAUUAUUAGCAAUAGUGUUAAAUUAAGUUACAAUGCCCAUCUGGGUAUUGAAAUGAAUGUAUCAAUCAACUCAUAUUUGCAAAGUUACAUUAAUUCGCCUUCUUCAAA